AAAUCUUCAGAUCCACGUGGCAAAAGCCUUUUGUUUUAUUCCUUUCUUCACCACUUUGAUUCUCUGUACUUGGUUCACUCAGUUUCCCUGUUCUGAAUCCGCCGAUGGCCAGGACUCCUUCGCCAACCCCGUCAGUGGCGACGGUAAUCAAAGCUUACGCCGCGCCGCUCCUCCUCCUCUCCCUCGCAAUCCUCUUUCAGCUCGUCGUCCUCCCUCGCUCCUUCCCUCCGUCUCAUUACGACGUUUUGCGUGUUAAGAGAUAUAGUUCUAUCGAGGAAGUGAAAGAAGCAUAUGAGAAUCUUUCAUCCAAGUGGGAUAGAGGGGUGGAAGUCCCUGAUACUAAUGAUUUCAUAAGGAUCCAAUAUGCUUAUGAACUAUUGACAAAUCCUCUAUGGAAAAGGGAUUAUGAUUUAUUCGGAUUUGAUGAGCAACUUCACAUUAUGCACAGGGUCAGGGAACAGUAUGCUGUGGAGAGGUUUUCUAACGUAAAACUCCCUUUACUACAUGCUGAUGUUUCUGAUCCUGGAAUUGAAGCUUUUAAUGUCAUCACAUCCAAGGAUUUCCAGUCAGUGUUUCAACAUUCCAAUCCGUGGCUACUUCAGGUAUAUUCAUCUGGAAGCCAGCAGUGUGCUCAAUUUUUUCAUUCCUGGAAGAGAAUAGCUGCUUUGUUGAAUGGGCUUGCAAAUAAUGGCAUGGUGGAACUUGGUGAGGUCCAACUUGCAGCCUACCUGGCUGAGAAGAAACCAACAGGACGGUUGUUUUUCCGGAAUGGUCUUCCUUCACUAGUUGCUCUUCCAUCAGGGUGCAAAACUUCAGACUGCCUGGUUAGGUUUGAAGGAGAGCUUUCUGUUGAUGCAGUUAUAGAUUGGUUUGCAACGACAGUACUUAAUUUGCCACGCAUCUUUUACUACUCAAAAGAGUCUUUGGGGCCAAGGUUUCUAGCUAGAAGUGGUUCACAUAAGGUAAAAGUGAUUUUCUUCUCAAAAACAGGGGAGCGUGCAACUCCAAUAAUGCGUCAAGCUGCUAAGGACUAUUGGAAUUAUAUCUCGCUUGCAAGUGUACUAUGGCGAGAAGAGGAAUUUUCUAUUUGGUGGAAUACGUUUGGAGUGGAAUCUGCACCAGCUAUUGUAUUCCUGAAAGAUCCUGGUGUCAAACCUGUUGUAUACCAUGGUUUAUUCAACAAUUCAUGGUUUCUGAAUGUCUUGGAACAGAAUAAACAACAAGAGCUUCCUCAGUUAAGGAGUUUGUCUUCAAAGGAGCUAGGUUGUGAUGCCCGAGGCUAUUCUCGUGCUGGAAAUGAUAUCAUGAUCUGGUAUUGUGCGGUCCUAGCAGGACGAAAAAGUUUGGAGCUUGACAAAAUGAGAGAAACCAUGCGCAGGGUCCAAGAUUUAUUAUCGAAGUCUCAUGACUCACAUGCUACUAAUGGAGAUCUAUAUUCAGAGACAGCAGCAAUUGCAUUGAGAAAAAAGCGAUUGACAUUUGUUUGGCUAGAUGGAGAAACUCAAAAGAACUACUGUUUCUUCUACCUUAAUACGGAAACUGGCUAUGAAACAUGUGGACCAAGGAGGGUUCCAACUGAUGUCCCCAAGUUAUUCAUUGUGCGUUAUCAAAGGAAUACCACUAAAGAUAAUAUGAAGGUGGAGAAGAAGCCAAAAAACAUAUGGGACUUCCAACUAGAGGACAUUGAUCCUGUAUCGCAGCUCUCUGUAACAUACAAUGGUUCAGCUGAAACUUCUGAGCUCAUCAAGUGGAUAUCAAACAUAAUUGAGGAUGGUGACUCCCGGAAUCUCCCCUUCUAUAGAGUAAAAAGUCCAGAGCUUGUUCCUGAGGAUGCAGAACCCAUCUGGUCAAGAGGUCAACAAGGAAUUCUCUCCAGAACAAUUGGAAUGAAACAGAAGACCCUUGGCAUCAUCAGUCAAAUUAACGAUUACUUAGGAGAUCCAAGGAUUGGGCCAGCAUUGUUUCUGGGGGCAUUAAUGUCUUUUGGUGGCAUCUGGUUGAUGAGGAAUCAACCAAAACGUCCAUUGCGGUCCAGUCAACCGAGUCAAGCAAAUAAAGAGGAUAAAAGUAGACCAAGAGCGAGAAACCGAACGAGAGAUGUAUCAGGAAGGAAUCUGCCCCCUUCAAUAACUGAUUUGGAGCCAGAAGAUGCUUACCAGAUGCCACUAUCUGACUCCGACUCAGACUCUUGAGCAGCUUCAGGUAAUGUGGGGAUGGAAAGUAAUACUCUACUCCACUAUUUGACUCCGACUUUGACUCUGAGUAGCUUCAUGUAAGGUGGGGAUGAAAAUUAGUACUCUACUCGUGACAAAAGAUUGCUUGUAUACAUGAUUGUCGAGUAAAGUUUGGUUAUUUAUACAUCGGGGGUUUGUAAUGCUC